AUGCUAAGCUCAAAGUUACAAGAACUACUGCCGGGCUCAGUAGGAGUUAUGACCUUUGAUUCCAAUAACAAUCUGGUAUUGGCCGAUGGUGUUGCUAAGGAUAAAGUGAACGAUAUACCGGAACUAUCAGAGGUACAGUGCAAUGCAGAAGGAGUUGCUGUACUCGAAAAUGGUGAUUAUAUAGUUCAUGUGUGCAAAAAGGAUGGAAAUACACUUGUUGUGUACACAGGCAAAUAA